AUGUCAUACAGUGUCAAAGAUGAACAAGGACGAUUGGCUAUGAGUUUUUAUGAUAACUUUUAUGUCUCUGGUGGUCACGAAAAAGAAAUAGAAACACAAAAAGUAGAUUAUAUUCCAACGGAAACAAUCACAAUUGUGCCAAAUGCAAAAAAUUAUCAACCAGAUGACACAUGUGAAUUACUAAUACUAGCACCGUUUAGUCCAGCAAAUGGUCUAGUCAUAUUUGACUGUGAAGGUCAAGUCUCACAACCAAUACAGUUUCAGAUAGAAUCUGGAAAAAACUCAACAACUGUUGAAUUUAAAAUAUCAAAAGACUGGAUACCAAAUUUCAAAAUCCAUGCUGAACUAACAGGCUCAAUCCCAAGAGAAACGGAAGUGACUGAUUCACCACAUCGCCCAGCAAUCGCCACUGGUUCAGUAACAUUAGAAGUAUCAAGAGAUGUUUAUAAAUUGAAUGUUUUGAUUAAUACGAAAGAAACAAAUAAAACAUAUACACCAUCAUCAAUUAUUCAUAUAGAUGUCGACGUUACACAAUAUCUAGAUAACUUACCUGUGGAUAAGGCAGAAAUUUGCCUCAUUGUCGUUGAUGAAGCGGUUUUGUCAUUAACUGGUCACAAAUUAGAUAGUCCAUUAGAUAUAUUUUAUCCAAACCGGUCAGCAAAUAUCGCACAAUAUCAUGAUAGAAAUCAUUGUUUGUUAUUCAAUAUGCAAGAUAUAGAAAAAUUUAAGAAAGAUAUGCAACAAAGACAAUCUUCAUUCGACCAGAUCGAAUUAUGCUGUGAACGAUCAAUGCCCAAAUAUAUGAGUAUGGCCUGUUCAGCUGGUGCCGGAUAUGGCGGUUUCGGUGAUUCUAAUGCUGAACAAAAAAUAGCUGUUCGAUCGAAUUUCAAUCCACUAGCAUGUUGGAUACCAUCAUCAAUGACUAAUUCAUCAGGAUGUGUUUCAUUUGAAAUUAAAUUACCUGAUAAUCUAACACGCUAUCGUGUAUGGGCGUUAGCAACGAAUGAUAAACAAUAUGGUUUAGGUGAAAUGUCAUUUACCGUACAAUUACCAAUUAUGAUUCGACCUUCACUACCAAGAUUUCUUAAUUAUGGUGAUACAGCUCAUAUCUCAGUUAUUUUACAAAAUCAAACUGAUCUAUCCUUCUUACUACAUGCUGGUUUAAGAGCAACUAAUGCUAAAUUAUUAACAUCACAAACAAAUCAACAAGCACUUGGUUAUUCAAUUGUACUGCAACCAAGUAAACGUGCUGCUCUUACAUUUCCUUUGUCAACAAUUCAUUCUGGUACUGCCAGAUUUCAGUUCAUAGUUAGUACUGUCAAAAAUGAAACAUGUGCACAAUUUGGUGAUGCCAUUGAACUAAGUUUACCUGUAUUCACACCGGCAACAUCUGAAGCAUUUGCAACAUACGGUGAUAUAUGUGAAGAAGAAGUAGUUUUACAACCAGUAGAGGCACCAAAAAAUGUUAUUCCACAAUUUGGUGAAUUAUCGAUAUCGACAAGUUCAACAGCGUUAGCAUCGUUAACAGAUGCAAUUAUUUCACUUUAUACAUAUCCAUAUGAAUGUACAGAACAAUUAAGUUCAAGACUGUUAGGUAUACAAGCACUAUGGGAUGUUUUACAAGCAUUUCAUUGUAAAGAUUUACCUGAAAUAUCAGUAUUGAAAACUAAAUUAGAGUCAGAUCUGAAUACAUUAAAAGGUCGUCAAUAUUCAAAUGGUGGAUUUGGUUAUUGGACAAAUCGAAAUGACUCUUACGCUGAUCCAUAUAUGAGUGUGCAUGUUGCACAUUGUUUAGCCGUUCUUGUGAAUAAAAAGACACCAAAAAAUGUUAUUCCACAAUUUGGUGAAUUAUCAAUAACAACAAGUUCAACAGCAUUAGCAUCAUUAACAGAUGCAAUUAUUUCACUCUAUACAUAUCCAUAUGAAUGUACAGAACAAUUAAGUUCAAGACUGUUAGGUAUACAAGCACUAUGGUAUGUUUUACAAGCAUUUCAUUGUAAAGAUUUACCUGAAGUAUCAGUAUUGAAAACUAAAUUAGAGUCAGAUCUGAAUACACUAAAAGGUCGCCAAUAUUCAAAUGGUGGAUUUGGUUAUUGGACAAAUCGAAGUGACUCUUACGCUGAUCCAUAUAUGAGUGUGCAUGUUGCACAUUGUUUAGCUGUUCUUGUGAAUAAAAAAGCUGACGAAGCUUCACAAUUAUUUAAGCGUAGUGGAUUUGAUAAACUUAGUUUAGAAGCAUUAGGAUGGUUAUUAGUAGCAUUAUCAACGAAUAAAAAUAAAAAUAUAGAUCAAAUAAUUGAAAUAAUAUACAAACAUCUCAAAGGUAAAGUAAGUGACACAGCUAAUUUUCUUACAUCAUAUGGUGAUGAUACCCAAUCAGUCAUGUUACAUUCAAAUCAACGAACAGAUGCUAUAUUAUUAGAAUCAUUAUUAUAUAUUGAUCCAAAUUCAACUCUCUGUACUAAAUUAUGUAAAGGUUUACAAGCACAUAAAGUGAAAGGUGCAUGGAAAUCUACACAGGAAAAUUCAACUAAUGCUAAAUUAUUAACAUCACAAACAAAUCAACAAGCACUUGGUUAUUCAAUUGUACUGCAACCAAGUAAACGUGCUGCUCUUACAUUUCCUUUGUCAACAAUUCAUCCGGGUACUGCCAGAUUUCAGUUCAUAGUUAGUACUGUCAAAAAUGAAGCAUGUGCACAAUUUGGUGAUGCCAUUGAACUAAGUUUACCUGUAUUCACACCAGCAACAUCUGAAGCAUUUGCAACAUACGGUGAUAUAUGUGAAGAAGAAGUAGUUUUACAACCAGUAGAGACACCAAAAAAUGUUAUUCCACAAUUUGGCGAGUUAUCAAUAACAACAAGUUCAACAGCAUUAGCAUCGUUAACAGAUGCAAUUAUUUCACUCUAUACAUAUCCAUAUGAAUGUACAGAACAAUUAAGUUCAAGACUGUUAGGUAUACAAGCACUAUGGAAUGUUUUACAAGUAUUUCAUUGUAAAGAUUUACCUGAAGUAUCAGUAUUGAAAACUAAAUUAGAGUCAGAUCUGAAUACAUUAAAAGGUCGUCAAUAUUCAAAUGGUGGAUUUGGUUAUUGGACAAAUCGAAAUGAUUCUUACGCUGAUCCAUAUAUGAGUGUGCAUGUUGCACAUUGUUUAGCCGUUCUUGUGAAUAAAAAAGUAUUUGAUGUUGACAAAAAAAUGCUGAAUAACUCACUAAAAUAUCUUGAAAAUAUUGAAUCUGAAAUUAAUCAAUUAUCACACACUAAAUAUUGGUCUGACUUAACUCGAUUUAGUUUGAUAAGUUAUGCAUUAUAUGUGCGAGCAAAACAUCUUCAAAAUGUAGCUGACGAAGCUUCACAGUUAUUUCAGCGUAGCGGAUUUGAUAAACUUAGUUUAGAAGCAUUAGGAUGGCUAUUAGUAGCAUUAUCAACGGAUAAAAAUAAUAAAAAAGUUCAAAUAAUUGAAAUAAUAUACAAACAUCUCAAAGGUAAAGUAAGUGAAACAAGUGAAACAGCUAAUUUUAUUACAUCAUAUGGUGAUGAUGGUCAAUCAGUCAUGUUACAUUCAAAUCAACGAACUGAUGCUAUAUUAUUAGAAGCAUUAUUAUAUAUUGAUCCAAAUUCAGCUCUCUGUACUAAAUUAUGUAAAGGUUUACAAGCACAUAAAGUGAAAGGUGCAUGGAAAUCUACACAGGAAAAUUGUUUUGUAUUAAUUGCAUUAGAUAAAUAUUUUCACAUAAAAGAAAAAGAUACACCAGAUUUUGUUGCUAAUAUUUGGCUUGACAAUGAUUAUUGUGGUCAACAUCAAUAUAAAGGCCGAACGACAAAUACACACACGGUAAAUAUUCCGAUGAAAGUAAUCUUAUCACCAUCAUCAUCCGACACAAGUAAUAAUAAUAAUAAGAAUUUAAUUAUGCACAAAGAUGGUAAUGGCCGAUUAUAUUAUCGUAUUGCAUUGAAUUAUGCUCCAUCAAAUUUACAAUUAAAUGCAGUUAACUAUGGUUUUAAAGUUGAACGCACAUACAAAGAUAUACAACAAAGACAAUCUUCAUUCGAGCUCUGCGAAUCGCUCAGUGCAAGAGCGAUGUAUGACUUUAUGCCUAUGGACUGUUCAGUAGCUUUCGGACAUGUCCGUUUCGAUGAUUCUAAUCUUGAAAAGAAAAUAGCUGUUCGAUCGAAUUUCAAUCCACUAGCAUGUUGGAUACCAUCAUCUAUCACUAAUUCAUCAGGACGUGUUUCACUUGAAAUUAAAUUACCUGAUAAUCUAACACGCUAA